CAUCUCAUUAAUCACGGUCGUUAUUUAAAAGGUAGAAUGAUGAGCAAAGCAGCCCUCACACAGAGCACAGGUGGAAGGGUACAGAUAACGAAAGGGGCUUCAUUUGCUAGCGCAGAAUUCUGUGGAUUACGCUGUGGAAGAUGAGAGGAACAUAUGGGCUCUAUCUCCUUCUCUUCCUUGUCCUGGGAUCCAGCUACGGCGUGCAGGACAGCAUGGAGGAACUGGACCCUUGGGAGAGAAACCGCUUAUGGAAGUUAUUGACUGAUGGUAACGAGAACAUUGCUGGAUCUCUCCUACAUCUUGGAGGCCCAAGAGAUAAGAAGUCCACUGACCCAGCAUCGUUGUUCAGCGUGGCCAAGGAGCUUCAGGGAUUUGGGAAGGAGAGGGCUGGUUUCAGAUUCAGGUUUGGGAGGAGAGAAGAAGGGGAUGAGUUUAAAGACUUUGAACCACAAAUUGAAAAGCGUGAAGACUCAGCCCUUGGAUCACUGGCUGAAGAACUCAAUGGAUACAACAGAAAGAAAGGCGGCUUUAGCUUUCGAUUCGGAAGGCGAUAAGACUGAACAGAACAUACCCGAGUUUAAGUGGAAAUCUCUUUAAAUCAUUUUAUAUCUCCUGCUCCCAUGAGUACCCAGUAUAAAAUUCAUGGUCUCGGCUUCCUCUGAGCUGGUGAAAGUGCUGUACAAAUAUAGGCUUGAUUCUGUAGCACAAUGCUAAACAUAAAGGCAAACAUUUAUUUAAUCUAUUCUCAAACAAGUCAAUGGCAUUGCCUGCUGUAGGAAAGCAAGAAUAACAAAUCAAUUUAAUCUAAGACUCUGGCAAACUCAGAUUUUUUUUUUUCCUAAACCAGUACUACAAAUUUUUGAAGGUUUAAAGGGAGAAGUGCCACUUUUUAAUUCCUUUAUAACCCUUGUGAGUGGGAAAUUAAUGGUAUGCCAGCCCCUGAAAAUGUCCAUCAUUAUUAAAAUAUCACUACUGAAAUCUGC